GGAGACCCCUGGGAGUUUAGUCUAAAACAUCUCGGAACAAAGUUGUCAAGUGUCGUCAGCAGAGACAGUGACGUUAGUGGUCGAUGCUUUUUCGCCCGAGAGUUUGCAGGAAGUCGCUAUUUGCCGUGGCGCGCUAAGUGAUCGUUUUGAAGUUGACAACUGUCGGUCUGGAACGGUGCUGGGCGUCUCUGCUUCACCCGGACCACAACCGGAGAUGGACCGGCGCCACCGUUGAAUCGUCCUUUGGGUCUUGGACAUGGAGCUGACGGUGCUCAUCUCUAAACUAGGUCACCAGUUGGUGGAAAUCAGAGUUCGAGCUCUGAAGAAUAUUUUGAGCAAAAUUGAUCAUGGAUUGAUUUCCAUUUUUGACUUGACGCAAGAAAAGAGGCUGUUUAUUCGACUUUUCGAAUGGUUCAACUUCCCGACUGUUCCGAUGCAAGGAGAAGUGCUGAAGCUAUGUGGUCAACUUGUAAAGUAUUCGUCAGUGGCUCAAAUAUUUCAAGAAAUUGGAGCUUUGGAAUUUCUAGCACAACUGCGACCCAAUGUGGAGCCAAAUAUGCAGGUCUGCAUUGAUGAGAUAAUGGAUGAUCUGCUUAAACUGCCUGACACAAUUGUGGAUGCUGAUCCAACUGUAGUCUAUCAGUCACAGCCUUCAAAAUCCUCUGACAAAGUAGUGUCCAGUGUACCACCUGAAGAAGACACAACAGUUUUUGGUUACUUUCAGAGGCACAGCUGCAAUCAAGUGGAACCAAACAAUCAAGUGCCCCGGAAAGCAGUUGUUAAUGAUACAGUGAAAUGUCUGAAAUAUUCCACCUUCCCCUGGUUAACGCUGACUAUGACAGACAGGCAUGUUCUUCUAUCAAAUGAGAGCUCCUUAACCAGUACUAAUCAUUCUUUAGUUCGCAAUACCUGCGAGCUUUUACAAGAUGUCAUCAUGCAGGAUUUUCCAGCUGAGAUCUUCCUUCAGCGGCCAAAGAUUGUUCAGAAUCUUCUUUUGUUGAUGAAGUUAGCAUUUGAAGGCGAUGGAAAACAAUACUUAGCAAUACUUGCUAUAGGCUGCCUGACUCAACUCUGCAGCUAUCUACAAAGUCGAUUGAACUUCCACAGGGAUCCCAGCUUCUUCUCCGUAAAGCAAGACUUAAUUUCCCAGAACUCCUCAUUGGCUUAUGCCCAGGAAGCACACGGGAUGCAUGUUUCCCAAAAUUCAUCACCCAGGAGCACUAGUCCCAGACCAUCGGUGAUUGGACGAACAGUACAGCGUCCCAGAGGAGAUGGACAAGACGGUGAUGCAGUAUCUUCAAGUGGAAGUAGUUCCCAAGGAUUUCCUAACAGCAGAAGUUCGAUGUCUAAGCAUUCGGUGGCUGACUUGACCCACUGGGAGCUGCCUGAGAUGGAAAGUGAGGAUUCCUUGGAACUUCAGUUCCAGCAGCUUAGUCUUCCACAGUUCUGUGUGAUGCUCCUAGAACAUGCUGUACCUUUGCUCAAAACAGGUAGUAGGAAGAUUGUGAUAUGCGUGCUAGAGCUUUUGACAGAACUGGUGAUGCUCAUCAGUGAUUCAAUCUCUGAAGAUGUCUGGGAGGAUGAGAGUCUGACUGGUCGAGAACUGAAGGAAAGUCUGAUAGGAUCAUUGGAUGCUUUGGGGGAAGUUCUUGCUUAUCAUAGUACCAGCAUUGCUGUAGAACAACCAGAAAAGGCUAUUGUGCACCAUCGAUUAGCGUUUAUUAGUAUUGCAUUAUUCUCCGUGCGUUUUCUGCAAAUAGUCCUCCCCGUAGAGAAGGCUAGUGAAGUUCUGCCAGAGAGCAUAGGGAAUGCACUUUACCUUCUGUCUCUGGAUGUCCCAUUCCGUUUGAGCUAUUUCAGCAUUCAUGAGUCCAUCACUGUCUACUUAGAGAAGGUCAGCUUGCAGAGCUAUAAUAUGUACAAGAGAGCCACAGAGAUAGCACACUCAAUGGAGUAUGCAUGUUCUUUUAUCAAGGAUGUUGAAGCAAAGAGGGAACGGGAUCUCAUGGAAUUGAUUGAGUUAGCAGACCAGGCUGUACUCAGCCUUCCUUACCAUCAACAGCUACAGCUGGUCCAGAAGUUCAUUGACAUCUGCUCAGAAAUUUCUUCAUCUGCACAGACCAGCCCAAUACUUGAAGGAGAAAGCCAGAAAGUGUUCCUAAAACUCUUGUCUCAUCCUUUGCCCAUUAUUAAAACUAAGACCUAUCUCUGCUCCUUAGCUGUUGUCAAGAAUUGCUUGGGAAUCCACAAUGUUACCAAACCAGCAUCAUCAGCAUCUCAUGGCAUUCACUUUCUCCUCCAUCCUCGUGUUUUGUAUGAAAUAUGCACUUUUGGCUUACAAGACUCUGCUGUGAAGGUGAACACUGCUGCGAAGGACAUUCUCCUUUACUUAAUGCAAGGAUACCUAGUUAUGAGUGCUUCGAGCUGGAACAAGUUGCUAGAAGCUUUAUAUCCUGUUAUUCCUGUCCUGCAGGGCUUUGCAACUGUCGAAGGGUCACUAGGUCGCUGCAUUCUUGCAUUGAGUGAGCCAUGCAAUGAAUCUGCACCUGGAGUUUUAUCAAAGACAGCAAGGAUCCGUGCCUCUCUGCGACUCUUUAUGAGUAAACAGCAUCCAGUGCGGUCUGUAGCUAUUACACACUUAAUGCCACACCUGGUAAAUGAAGACAGGGUCUCUGAUAAACUGCCUGCAUUACAAGGUAGUAUAUUCAACAGUGUGUCUGAUCUGUACAUAUUGGACAAGCCUAUUUACUUACAGUUGGAAGACAUUGGCAGAACAUUUUUAAAGGAUGAUAGUGUUUAUAAAGUAUAUGAAAUCUUGAUCUCGGAGACUGUUGACCUGAUUCUACGGAAAUCUGCAGCAGAACAGCUAGCAAUUAUGGCACAAGAUAAUAAAAUCCAUGAAGGACUAAAAAACCUUGGAAUAGUAGAAAAGAUAGUUUCACUGAUAUAUGAAAGUGUGCACAAAAAUGGAAAGGGCAUGCAGUGUUUAGUGUUGCCAUGUGUUUCUGUUUUGCGGAAACUGGUUUACCUGGAUCCUGCACUUCGUCACAGCCUGGCUCAGCAAUCCUCUUUUCUACUUGCUCUUUUCAGAGUAUCCUUGGUUUUGCGGAAAGACAAAGAUACAAUUUCUGAGGUGGCAGCCUUGCUGACUCUGCUUCUUUUUGACGAAGUAGCCAGAAUGGAUACUUGGUCUGAUAGUGCUGCCACUCCAACUCCAUUCAGCUUGCCUGUUGUUGUAACUCAGAGGUACAAUUUGAUGGUCAAAGUGGCAGUUCAUCAUGCUGUGAGCCCCUACUGUAUUGUCGUUCCAUCCACUUCGGACCCUAUGACCUUGACACCUGUAGUGGAUAUGUUGAAACUAGCCUGGAAUCUUGCAUGGUACAAUGGAAUUGAGCAGACCUUGGAUCAAGAAGGAUGCCAGAGAACUGAUACUUCAUCAGAGUUUCCAGAAGACAUGAGGCUGUCUCCUGUUGACAAAAUAGUGCUUAAAGCAAGUCACGUUACUAGUGGUCUGCAGGAUUCUCUUCUUUCCGUCACCAAGGCUGUCUCCCAUAGUGCCGUCUAUUCUGCUCUUGCCAGGAUGAGAUUGUAUUUAUUGAAUGACAAACUAGCAUUAAAACAAGGAUCCGGCAGCUGUAUAUCUAUAUUACACAACCUUCAGUGGCAAACAGUAUUGGGCAGGUUUUUACAAGUUCUUCCAGCCUGUGCUGAAGAUGAGAAGCUUUUGGCUGAUGUUGUUGUUUUCCUAACCAAAACCUUGAUAGCCCAAAGAGAUGCUCCAAAUGCCAAAUAUCUAAGCUCACUCCUGGAUCUCCUGGUUAAACAGGAAAGCAGUUCACUGCUGAAUUUACUGGUGCAGACCGAAUCACCAGCUCAAGGUGAAAUGGAUGAAGUUGAUAGUCUUGUAAGACAGAAGUUACAGAAGGAGUUGACAGGAUUCUUCAAUGCAAUAUUACGAUCCCUCACCUCUGUUACAGACAGGAAGUGCCUGUUUUUGGCUGGUCCUUUCAGAACCCAGUUGUCAGUCAAACUCUUGCAGUGCUUACGGAUUACAGAUGCUCCAAAUUUCUAUGGGCUUCCUUCAUUAGAGCGGGCACUACGUGGAAUGGUCCACGUCCUGGCUCUUCCUGGAUGGAGUCUGCAUUCAGCCACCGUGGAAUCCUACUCACUUUGUACUAAAUAUCUGACUGGCCUUCUGGAGGUCAUUUCAUCCUUUUAUGUGGAAUGGGGAGGAAAUGCAGUAUCUUUCAUGGGGAAAGGAGUCACAAAGAAUGCAGUUAUCUGCUUGCUCCAGCUGUCCUAUGAGAUGAAAACGCAGGCCAAAGAUAAGGAUUGGAUAUCCAUGUGGUCGUUGGUCUAUGAACAUAACAAUGAGGAUCACGUAGCUGCACAAUUGGACCUAGCCUGGCUAAUUCCUCUGUGGGUUGACCGAGACCCUGAGGUUCGUUUUGGCAGCUUGGGCAUUGGAUCAGCAUUAACACUGGUAGAAGGUGGCUGUGUUGCAUUGGCAGCCAGCUGUCAAAACAUUUCUGGAGGUUUAUGGGGUACACUGCUAAAUAUCCUUCUAGACCAAUCAGAGUGCAGUAUGGUUCGUAAAGAGGCAGCAGCUAUUCUGCAGAACUUGCUGAUGAUUCGUAUGCCAGCCACUAUGGAAGAAGCCAAAAAUUGUAGCUGGCAGAGCCCCUGUGUUCAUGAUGAGGACUCUGGCUUAUCUCUAGUCGGGCUGCCUGCUCUCCAGGCCCUCUUACACCACUGCCAGUUCUACGAUCAUGUGGCUCAAAUGGCAAAACACUGCUACCUGGGAAGGUACAUGUUUGAUUUGAACUUUCCAAAACCUAACAGCACUUUGCUCAGCACCACUUCUGAAGAUGCUGACUCAUUACAGUACUGGAGAGCAUCAUCCAGCCUUUCAAAUCACAGUCAGCUGUCAUGUUUUCCAUCAACAUCAAGCACUGUGAUUUUGCCAGCCUCAUCUUUGUCCAUUGCUGAAUCUGAGUUCCAUGGACUGCUUCAGGCAUCAGCAGUGUCUCCCAUUCUUGUUCCUGAAUCUCCCAUCAAUAGGUUGACGGCUCAAGGUCAGAGUAAUUCAGAGAUUACAGUAUCACUUCACAAUGAGAACUCCUGUGAUUCUGAACCUGCAUCAGAGCAAUGUGCAGUUGUUACUCCUCAGUUCUUGUCAGCUGUAUGCAGCUUGCUUUCUAACUUACUGGCAGUUGUUCCAGAAGACACAUUAACCGCAUUCAAGCAAAACCACCUUCUUGAAGAUUUUAUUGGGAAGGAUGUGGAAGCUAUGGAGAGGGUGCAGAGGAGAUUUACCAGGAUGUUGCCUAGUUUGGAGAACAAGUCAUAUGAAGCAAGAUUGACAAAUGCCAGUUUACUAGAGAAGUGCUUAUGGGAACUGGGAAUACCACUGACUCGACCUAGCCAUCUUCAGGAUAUUAAAGUACAGGUUUUGAGCCAUCUUCAGUAUCUAUCCUCGCUUUCUGGGUUAAUCCAGUCCUGUGUAAUCUUCCAUCCAGAGCUCAUAAACCAAGAUGUCUUGUUGAAGCCUUUGUUGUCCAAUGUAUUUGCAGUACUUAGUGUACGCUGCAAAGACUACUUUGGCUAUGAAGUAACAUCUGGCAUCUACCAAGCUUGGAUGGACUUAUUUAUUCUUUUGAAUACAAUUCUGCGGAAGUGUGGUCAGGCUGUAUUCCCAGCUGUCGUAACUGCUGUGGCAAAGCAGUGGAUUCCUCUCUUAGAGACUAUUUCCUUGUGCAUUCAGCUGUCUACCAGCAAUCCUAGUCUGUAUACAGUGUCCUUGCAAUUCUUCUCUCUUCUUCUGGUGGAAGAGGAAAAGCGGCAGCUUGGAGCAGAAGAUCAGUCACUCAUGUGUCCACUUACAAAGCUUCUGGAUGAAGCUGAAGAUGUUAUAUCAUCAGGGAGCAAGAUCUGUGAGAAUAUAUUACAGAGCUACGAGGGUAAAUCAUCUGAAGAUAUUCAGAGAAAAGUUGCUGCAGGUGCUCUCACCGCAUUACUUCCUGUGAGUGCCUGUGCACAGAAACAUGCCUUGCAGGCUGGCCUUAUUGACAGCUGUAUAGAACAGAUGAAGCAAACGUAUAUACAGUUCAACUUAGAAUCAUUGAGACCCGGAAAAGUCAUCCAAAGGAGAAAGGAUGACCCUCUGACCAGAGAACUGAAAGCAGUAAUGCAGUUGCUGCGGAAUUGUCUACAUCAUAAUAUCGAAUGCAAAGUUGCAGCAUCCGAUGCGCAUCUUGUCAAUGCUGUCUAUUCACUUUGGCCCUGGCUUCUAAUGGAUGACGUGCUGAUGUUGGAAGCUCUGAAGCUGCUCUGCGUCUAUACUGCUAACCUUCCUGCAUCAUGCGUUUCCCUGUGUUGUGGAACUGGAGGACCAGUUUCAUCUCAGAAAGGACUUGGUGGGAGCAGUCUCAUGCAUAUGAUCAUGAAGCAAGCCUUGCAGAAGACACACGACAAUAUUAUCAUUCAACAAAUAGCAUUUUCUGUACUCUCCAACUUGGCUUUCUCCCAUGAAUGUAAAGGCAUUUUACAGAAGAGCAAUUUUUUACAUAACUUCGUUUCCCUGCCAUUACCAAAGGCUGCAGGCAGACAAGUUAGCAAUUUGACCAUGCUUUGGCUGAAACUUUUACUGAAUUUGUCUUUUGGAGAUGAGGGACAACAGAUGAUUCUAAAGAUGAAUGGAAGUCUGGAGCUGUUGUCAACAAUAUCUCAGCAAAAGUGCAAAAGCAACCAACCCACUGCACUGCUUGUUCUUCACAAUAUUUGCUUCCAUCCUGCCAACAAGGCAAAGGUUCUAGCUAAUGAUAAAACUGUGUCAAUAUUUGCUUCUUGUCUAGAAAAUGACAAUCCUAUGGUUCAGACUAUAGGAGCCUCAGCUCUCUGGGCUUUGCUCCAUAACUAUCAAAAGGCAAAGGUGACACUGAAAAAUCCAUCAAUCAAGAGGAGAGUGGAUGAAGCUUAUUUAGCAGUUAAAAAGUGUGUACCUGAAGGUCCCCUAAAUGUUUAUCUUUUGAGGUGUCUGGAAAAUCUUGCAGUCUUGCUGACCAGUUAAUAAUUUACCUAAAUGUGUGAGCAUUUUAUUGUGAAGUGAAGUGCAAUCUUGCUGUAAAUCAUCUGUAUGUUUCAUUGAAAUUCUAAUUUAUUUUGGUAAUAAAAUUUUUUUGGUUUGUA